UUCAGUUAUAGUCACUGAUUCAGACUCUUUGAAAAUGAAAUCGAUAAAACUAGGAGAUAUCCCCAGUUCGAAACUGGGCUUCGGCGCCAUGUCAUUGGUUCCAAAUAUCUACUCAACGCCUGGAGAUUUCACAGAUGAAGAUGGCGUCGCUCUUCUCCAACGAGUGAUUAAUUUGGGUAUAACUCAUAUCGACACAGCUAUUCUGUAUGGGAAUGGGCACAAUGAGAAAGUUGUUGGAAAGUUCCUAGCCUGCUUGAAACCAGAAGAAAGAGCGAAGCUUUGUAUCGCUACUAAAACUGGCUUUGACCUUGAAGCUGAUAGAAUCAACAACGAACCUGGAUAUAUUCGAAGGACGUGCGAAGAAUCUCUGCAACGUCUGGGCACUUAUAUAGAUAUUUUUUACUUGCACCGAAUCGAUACUUCAGUUGCGAUUGAAGAUAGCAUGAAAGUUAUGAAAGAACUAAUUGCAGAAGGGAAGAUCAAAUCUGUUGGGCUAAGUGAAGCAUCGGCUAAUACGAUUCGAAGAGCGCAUGCUAUGUGUAAAAUAUCAGCCAUACAACUUGAGUGGUCUCUUUGGUCAAGGGAUGUUGAGGAUGAAAUUGUUCCCACUUGCAGAGAAUUGGGAAUCGGAAUUGUGGCCUAUUCGCCACUUGGAAGAGGGAUGCUAGCUGGAACUGUAAAGAAACGUGAGGAUUUGAAUCCCAAUGACUGGAGAUUACUGAAUCCAAGGUUUGAGAAACAGGCAAUCGAAGCUAAUUUGCAACUUGUGAGUAAAAUUGAGGAAAUAGCUUCCAAGAAAGGGUGUACAACUGCCCAGCUAUCUCUGGCCUGGGUUCUGGCACAAGGCGAUGACGUGGUUCCGAUUCCAGGAACGUCCAAAGUGAAGAAUCUUGAGUCGAAUGUGGGCGCCUUGGAUGUUGUUUUGUCGAAAGAUGAAGUUUAUCAAUUGAGUAAUGCUGUUCCCAUUGCAGCAGUUGUUGGAGAUAGGUACCAAGAAGGGUUUCCAACUUUCAAAGACAAUUAGAUCUAGACUGAAUGCUGUUCACCCUUGCGAUAAUUUAUUUUUACUUUCGAAAAUGUAAAUGUUUUAAAAGUUGAUCUCAUUUUAUUAGAAUGAAGUUUUCCCAUGCAGUAGGGCGUAACCUAUAUUUAUGAUUUAUACAAGA